AUGAGACACCAGCACAGCCUCACCAUGAGACACCAGCACAGCCUCACCAUGAGACACCAGCACAGCCUCACCAUGAGACACCAGCACGGUCACCAUGAGACACCAGCACAGCCUCACCAUGAGACACCAGCACAGCCUCACCAUGAGACACCAGCAGAGCCUCACCAUGAGACACCAGCACAGCCUACCAUGAGACACCAGCACAGCGUCACCAUGAGACACCAGCAAGCCUCACUGAGCACCAGCAGGUCACCAUGA